AAUGGUAACAAAACAAGUCUAAAUAUAUAAUAGGGAGUAGAUGCUUACAAAAAGACUAGAGUGUAAAGGAAAGUAGGAAGAAAAGUGACUUCUACAAACCUUUAUUUGAAAUUAUUAAUAAAGGUAAAGUAUUAGAUUGAUCGCCUAGUUAUACAAAUUCUUAGCAAGAAGAACAGACUCUCAAUUCAAUGUUACUAUUUUGAGAAGACUCUAAUCAACAAGAACUGCAAGGUACCCAAUUAGUGUCAGCAGACUUGUAAAAUAAAUUAAUACAGCUAAAGAUAAAACUAGAACUUUAGUAGUUGUAGGCACAGUAACUGAUGAGUAAUCAUAGAAUUUAUGCAUUUUAGUGCUCGUCUCCUUACUGUACCAAAAUUAAAUGUCUGUGCUCUCCGAUUCACUGAAACAGCAAGAAAGAGAAUUCUCGCUGCAGGAGGAAAGACUCUAACUUUUGAUUAAUUGGCAUAACAAAAUCCAACAGGUAUUUAAGGAUACUUAAAAUUUAUAGGAACUGGUACUAUUUUAUUGAGAGGUCCAAAGGUGAGAGAAGCCUUAAAACAUUUUGGCAGAGCUGCUGGUUUACCAGGAUCUCAUGCUAAGCCAUAUGUUAGCCACACUGCAAGAAGAGGAAAAGGUGCAAGAUGAU